UCAGACUCAGCACCGCAUCAUCAUGGACGCUUUCUGACUGGUACAACCGACAUAACUGCUGGAGCAGUGUUGGCAAACGUGAAAGAUGCAAAAUUACCAGUCGUCUACUUGUCAUCUGAAAGCGCAUCAUCGAACAAGUUGAUACCUUAUGAACUGAUAGUUUAUCGAGCAUUAAAUGCUACACUCUGCAUGUUUGUUCGUAAAGAUGUGAGUUCGGAUUUUCUACGUGAGCUCGAUUCGAUGCUCGGACCCGAAUUAAGUUCGUUGGCAUCAACAAUCGCCGAUGCUUAUGGCACACAGUGUAAAUCGACACCGAAAGGAGAUACCGACUUCCAUUUCAUCUACUUCAACCCAUCCAGUUUGAGUCUCAAAACAAGUUUCUUGGAACCAGUCGGUGAAAUCAGCAAAACGUCUUCGUUACCUCCAAUUCCACCCAAUAUCUGCAUGUAA